CCCGUACCGGCGGCGGCGGCAGGGUGCACCUUUGGGAUGCAGGUACGGUGCAUGCACGGUACGGUAGCUUAGCGCUAGCGGUUUAGUCGAGUGGAGUGCUAGUGUGGAGCCAUCCUGCACGAAUUUCGCUCGAGGUCAGCUCAGUGCAUGCAGGAACGUAAGAAAACUUGGGGAAGAAAAACUGAAGAUGGGAAAUUCAGCUGUCAGCUCACUACUCGUCAAAAGUGCUGUCUGGGAUGUUGGCAUUCAGUGGUCCUUGUUUCUAAUUGCAGCAUAUUUUAAGACAGAAAAAUUCUACGAUUUAGCAGGAAGUGGAACUUUUCUUUUGUUGGCGACACAAAGCUUGAGAUGGGGUGGUACGUACUUCCUGCGGCAGCGUAUUCAGACUGGACUAGUCUCUGUUUGGGCUACCAGGUUGGGUCUGUAUCUUUUUUCAAGAGUUCUCUCCGAUGGCUUCGAUAGGAGGUUCAACAAAGCUAAAAACCAGCCUUCACUCUUCUUUGUAUUCUGGACCUUGCAAGCUCUUUGGAUUUUCGCGACCCUAAGCCCAUCGAUCGCUUUGAAUGGAGUUAAGAGGGACAAACCUCUUGGUGCCCGUGAUUACAUUGGAUGGGGCACCUGGGCCGUAGGGUUCUUAAUGGAAGUCAUUGCCGACAGGCAGAAAUCUGUCUUCAAAGCCAAUCCUGCAAAUGCUGGUAAAUUCAUCAACACUGGUCUUUGGAGCAUCAGUCGCCAUCCAAACUACUUCGGUGAGAUCCUCUGCUGGCUCGGCCUCUACGUCUCCGCCUCUUCCUCCCUGACUGGCUGGGAGCACCUCACCGCGAUCUCGCCCAUCUUUGUGACCCUGCUCCUGACGAAGGUCAGCGGCAUCCCCCUGCUGGAGAAGUACGGGUUGAAGAAGUGGGGAAGCGACCCGUCUUAUCAGAACUACCUCCGCAAGACUGCAGUGCUUGUUCCAUUCCUGUGGUGAAACUUCUCCAUUGUACAAAUAAUAAAUGUUUAUGAGUGCAAUGGAUAGAAUACUUCAUGAGGAGAAAGAUGAAAAGAUCCAUUCAGUGAGGCGUAGCCGAGUUACAUGGACAGUUUCAUUUCAUCUUUCACCGAAUAAAGUAUUCUGUCGAUUGCAUGAAUAUUUAAUUCAUAUGACACUUGAAACUAGAUUAUUUUUCAUAUGAAAUCUAUCAAUUUCGAUGCACAAAAAUUAUGAUCAUGCAGUGCGAGCUCGUUCUGUUAAUUGAUUGUCGCGUAUGUUGCGUACUUACAACAUGCGCGCUGUAAACUCGAGUGGUUUUACGUGUGAUGCUGGCAGUCAGGAUGCACGCGUGCAAUGGACAAAAUCAAUAUCAAACAACCAAUCAAAUGCCAAGGAUCUAUCUUGGUGUCAUAUAAUCAUUAAUGUCAAGUACUUCAAUCGUACACACUGUCAGUACAUGUAUAUCCAUCUCUUUGAAAACUGGUCAAUGACCCAUCCUCCUUGACAGUAUGUUGUUAGAUAUUAAUUGAUGUAUAUAAUCAGGCGAUGAUACAGGAUUUCCAGGGGGGGGCAUUUUUGUUAAAAAAAUAAAUAACGAUCCCCCCAUAAAGGGUGAUUUAUGUCAGGGAUAAUUUGACAAUCCAAAAAUCGUAUUCACUACAAAGAGGUCAUUUUUCCCAAGGUGAAAUUUGGCAAACCCUCCAAAAGGGGUCCUCACUUGAUUAUGAAUGACAAUGACUAGCAAA